AUGGAUGCGCUCCGCCACGGCCGUCCCUCCUCUCCACGCGCGUCCCGGCGCGCCGCCGCCCAUGAGAUCAUUUUCUACCACCAUGUUGUUCCAUCCAACAAAAUGGUGAAGGGCGAAUUUGCUUUUUCUAGCCAAAGGACCCAAGGUCCUGCCUUGUAUCACCAUCAGAAAUUCUUCGAUUGGAAAUCCUCCUAUUGUAGGAUAUCACGUCAGUCAUUAAAUACUUCUGUUAAUGCUUUGGGGCAACAGCUGCAGUCUGAACCUGAAGCACAUGAUUCUACAACCAUCUGGAGGGCAAUAUCAUCUUCUCUAGAUGCAUUUUACAGAUUUUUCCGGCCACAUACUGUCAUAGGAACAGCAUUAAGCAUAGUCUCAGUUUCCCUUCUAGCUGUCCAGAACUUGUCUGAUAUAUCACCUUUGUUCCUCACUGGUUUGCUGGAGGCAGUGGUAGCUGCCCUUUUCAUGAAUAUCUAUAUUGUUGGACUGAACCAGUUAUUCGACAUUGAGAUAGACAAGGUUAACAAGCCAACUCUUCCAUUGGCAUCUGGGGAAUACACCCCUGCAACUGGGGUUGCAAUAGUUUCGGUCUUUGCUGCUAUGAGCUUUGGCCUUGGAUGGGCUGUUGGAUCACAACCUCUGUUUUGGGCUCUUUUCAUAAGCUUUGUCCUUGGAACUGCAUAUUCAAUCAAUCUGCCAUACCUUAGAUGGAAGAGAUUUGCUGUUGUUGCAGCACUCUGCAUAUUAGCAGUUCGUGCAGUGAUUGUUCAGCUGGCUUUUUUCCUCCACAUUCAGACUUUUGUUUUCAGAAGACCGGCGGUGUUUUCUAGGCCAUUAAUAUUUGCAACUGGAUUUAUGACGUUCUUCUCAGUUGUAAUAGCACUAUUUAAGGAUAUACCUGAUAUCGAAGGGGACCGCAUAUUCGGGAUUCGAUCUUUCAGUGUCCGGUUAGGUCAAAAGAAGGUCUUCUGGAUAUGUGUUGGCCUGCUCGAGAUGGCUUACAGCAUUGCAAUACUGAUGGGAGCUACUUCUUCGUCUUUGUGGAGCAAAACAGCAACUAUUGCUGGCCAUUCCAUACUUGCUGCGAUCUUAUGGAGCUGCGCGCGAUCGGUGGACCUGACGAGCAAGGCGGCAAUAACAUCCUUCUACAUGUUCAUCUGGAAGCUGUUCUACGCGGAGUACCUGCUCAUCCCUCUGGUGCGAGUGGAGGCGCCGACCGGGGUUCUCGAGGCGCCGACGGUGACUGGCGACAUCUCCGGCAACCACUCGUGCCUGCCCCUCGUGCUCGCCCUCACCGGUGGGAGAGAAGAGGAGGGCGCUGUCAGAGAUCUCUGGGUGGAUCCCGUGAUUAGUGUGCCGUUGGCAUCGGCAUGCACGUACGGUUGCGUCAAGGCUGCCAAUACCACCAACGAGAAACCCACAAAUGAAUGUGAUAACGACUUAACGAGCCACGGAACAAAAAGGCAGCCGGCAGCGCCUGCCGUGGACGAUGUCUCUCCCUCGUCUCCCCUGCGCGAUUUUGCUGCCGGCGCCGGUUGA